AUGGUUUUGAAAUCUCUAUGGCUUUUCCUUCUGAUAAUCCUCCCGUUUUUCGCAUCUCUCGAGCUUGUUCAAGUAUCGGCUCAAAAUUCGUGGUGCCCGAUCACGAAACCUAGGAGCCGUGAGGUAGUCGAGUAUGGUAAAUUCGCCGUGAAAGAAAUUAACGAAUUACGCCGCAGUAAAAUGGUAUUUGGUAGUGUUCUUCAAGGAGCUACCCAAAAAGAUAGAGACAAAGUGUACAUAAGGUUAGAAAUAAGUGUAAGGGAAGGCAAAGCCAGCACAAGGUACAUGGUUAACAUGUAUGAGGUGCCCAAAAUAAAGUUCAAGAAAGUCACUAGCAUUAGAAAACUCCCUUGA